UCUGCCGUUUCCAGAUUUAACGACCUAAAUUCUGGACGAUCGGUUUCUACUUUCCAAGCCAUUUUUACGGCGGAGUAGCAGGCAGAUCCGCCGCUAACACGGGCACCAUGAGCAACAACGGCCAACCCACCACACCGUAUCGGAACUAUAUCCCCGGAAUCGUCAUGGAUCCAACGUCACAGGUCGUGAACCGAGGUCUCGUCGGCAAGCGAACGCUAGCUGACUUCCAAAUGCAGCAAAACCAGAACAAUCAUCUUGGCCUAGACGGUUUUUAUCUCCGUUCGGUUAAGCCCAGAAAUUUCCAGCACACUUUCCCGAUUUCUCCACUAUCGCCCCUUGAUUUCUCGUCUCCUACCUGCAAUUCGCAGUUCUACGGCAUGUCGCUAUUACAACAACUGCGCCCGCAGCAGCUUCCUCAAGGCAUCACCGCCGGAGCCACAACCCAGGCGGUGAAACCGUGUUUAUCGGGCGCUCCGUGCAUGAACCCGGUUCAAAAACGGCUAGUCCAGCAGCAAGACCCGGAGAAAAAUAUGAGGAAUCAACUACAAGAGUUGGAGAAACAACUAUUGGACGACAACGACAACGAAGGAGAUACGGUUUCGGUGAUUACCAAUACCAACAGCGACUGGUCCGAAACUAUACAAAGCUUAUUAAGUUCUAGCAGCCCUAACAACCCGAUUGCUCCAUCUUCAACUUCUUCAUCUUCUUCGUCGACAACAUCGGGGGUUUCUCGGGCUUCGACUUGUUCUAGGCAGACAAUAAUGGAGGUUGCUUCAGCUGUUUCCGAGGGUGAAACUGACGUUUUAAACCAGAUCCUAAGCCGAUUAUCAUUAUUUGCUGACGCUAAAGGGAAUUCCGAGCACAGGUUGAUCGAGUUUAUGUUGUUGUGUCUUAAAUCGCGGGCUAACUCGGUGGAAAACCCGCUGCCAGUGGCUGAGUUGUUCAGUACCGAACACGUUGCGUCCACUCAGAUACUUUAUGAUUUGUGUCCUUGUUUUAAGCUUGGGUUUUUGGCCGCUAAUUUAGCCAUCCUCGACGCUACUUUGGAGAAACCAAACUGUAAGAACUUGCAUGUUAUUGAUUUUGAUCUCGGGAAAGGAGGGCAGUACGUAAAUCUUCUCCACUCGCUAUCGGAGCGUGGGAUUGCGAAUCCUUCGUUGGUAAAGAUCACAGCUGUUGCUGAUAACGGUGGGGAUGAGGGGUUGAAGAUGGUCGGCGAUAAGCUGAGUCAAAUCGCUAAACAAUUCGGAGUUUGCUUGAAAUUCAAUGUGAUAACGAAUCUUAAACUCAGAGAUCUGAGUCGCGAUUCGCUUGAGUGCGAAACGGACGAGUCAUUGGCUGUUAACUUUGCGUUCAAGGUUUAUCGGAUUCCCGACGAGAGCGUGUCGGUGGAGAACCCGAGAGACGAGCUUCUCCGUCGAGUGAAAGCAUUGGCGCCGCGUGUGGUAACGUUAGUGGAACAAGAUAUGAACACCAAUACGGCGCCGUUCGCGUCGAGGGUGGUAGAGGCGUGCGGGUAUUACGGAGCGUUGUUCGACUCGAUCGAGUCGACCGUGUCGUCGGAACACUCGGAGCGAGUGAAGCUUGAGGAAGGUCUGUGGCGAAAAAUCGCCAACUCAGUUGCGUGCGAGGGGAGGGACCGAGUCGAGAGAUGUGAGGUAUUCGGGAAGUGGCGGGCCCGGAUGAGCAUGGCGGGAUUCGAGUUAAAGCCUAUGAGCCAAAGCGUUGUGGAGUCGAUGCGCGCCAGACUCAGUUCGGGUAAUCGCGUCAACCCGGGGUUCACCGUUAAAGAAGAAAACGGAGGCGUUAGUUUUGGUUGGAUGGGCCAAACUCUGACCGUCGCAUCUGCUUGGCGUUAACUUCAUGUUUCUUCUAUUUUAUCAUUGAUCGGUGUUUUGUAUUUUUAUCCUUUUUCCAUAUUAAAAAAAAUCCCACCAAACCGAACCAAACCAGUAUCCCGUGCCCACAUUUUAUUUAAUAUAUAAAUAUAAUUUGUUUGUGUUGAAAAAGGUGUUGGCUGUAAAACUGCUGGCUUCGUUGUUUACGGGACAAUGGUGUUUGCGUCACAUUACCAACAAUCGGAGGGCUCCACUUUAUGGA